AUGCCGCCAUCAAAUCUAAAUAUUGCGCCUUCCCAGGCGGAUCGUGAUAACGCCUCGUUCCUCUCCCCGAUCGCAUACGACGAUGAUGCUUCUUCACUUCAUUCCCGCAGCGACCAGGAUACCGAUACCGACGAUGACGAGCUUAUCUCGCGCGCGAGAAACAGCAGAGAACUGCGCGCCCAUGAUCGCAUCGUAUUAAUGGAAGAAGAAGAUAUCGAUCGGCUCGUGACAGAUUCGCGGCAAAAGAAAGAUCGAGAGCGACGUGGCUCGGGGUUAGCUGUGCCCAAUAUAGGGAAAAUGUUUGGGCGCCGAGGAAGCAGUUCAGGAAACCGUUCCGUCAACAGCUCAACAGAAAAUCUCGUGACUGAAAAGCGAAAGACUCGACGCCAGCGAAGACAAAAGAAGCGCGAGAAUCUUGUGGAGCAUGCGGAGCACGGAGAAGACGGCGAAUUGAUGUACGAGAUGGAAGAGGGAGGCAUGAAGGAGGGAAGCUCAACGGGCGAAAGCAGCGAGAGGGACGAUAGCGAUGAACUUGAUCGACACCACCUCAAUCUGAUUGCCGAAGCGAAGACCCAGCGACGUCGCAGCUGGCGCCGGUGGGUCUUUAUCCAUUCACUUAUUGCCAUUGGAUUUGCUAUCUUGCUUCUCUUGGCCUGGAAGCUUUCCAAGAAUCGCAAGAGCAGAAAUAUGAAAGUGAAUCAGAUAUUGGUUAGCAAUGGAACCGCCCUAUUUGCGCCGACAUCUCUUAUCAUCAGUCUGGACGGUUUCCGCGCCGACUUUCUCCAGAGGGGGCUUACACCCGCACUGAACUCGUUUGUUGCUGAGGGUGUAUCGCCAAAAUGGAUGCAUCCGUCUUUCCCAUCAGUCACUUUCCCAAACCAUUACACUCUGGCGACCGGCCUGUAUCCUGAGAGCCAUGGUAUCAUUAGCAAUACAUUCUGGGAUCCCGAACUUCAAUCACAAUUCUAUUACACCCAUCCGGAUCAGAGUCUGGACCCAAAAUGGUGGGGAGGAGAGCCUUUCUGGGUGACAGCAGAGAGACAAGGAAUCCGAAGUGCCAUUCACAUGUGGCCGGGGAGUGAAGCGCAUGUUCUUCAUACCGAGCCAAGUUUGAUGGAUAAAUUCAAUGGCAAGGAGACGCUCGACAACAAGGUCUCAAGGAUUAUGGAAUUUCUGGAUCUGCCUGGGUUUGAAGACAAGACUCUGGAUGCGAGCGAUGUGCGACCUCAACUGAUUGCCGCCUACGUACCUCAUGUUGACCGUGAUGGCCAUAAGUUUGGGCCCAAUACCACCGAGAUUCGCAAAACAAUUCAAGAUGUCGACGGUAUGAUAGGAAAGAUUUUCCACGGUCUUGAAGAACGCAACUUGACAAAUAUUGUCAAUGUAAUCGUUGUUUCAGAUCACGGCAUGGCGUCAACUGACAUCUCACGCCUCAUUCAACUCGAGGACCUCAUUGAUACAAACAAGAUCGAGCAUAUUGACGGCUGGCCAUUGUAUGGUCUUCGACCCAAAAACCCGGAUGACUUACAAGGGCUCUACAAUGAGCUAAAGGAGAAGUCUAAAUCAAACCCCAACUUCCAGGUCUAUCUCCGGGAUGUCGACAUGCCCGAGCGAUACCACUUCUCCAAGCACCAUCGCAUUGCUCCCCUCUGGGUUGUUCCCGAAACAGGAUGGGCUAUCGUGACCAAGGAGGAGUUUGAUGUUGAAGAUGGAAAGAAAAAAAACCUUGUCUACCAUCCUCGAGGUCUUCAUGGAUAUGAUCACGAGCACCCGUUGAUGCGGGCUAUCUUCAUCGCUCGCGGCCCAGCAUUCCCCCACCCGGCCAAUAGCCAAAUUGAUGUUUUUCAAAAUAUCGAGGUGUACAACAUGCUGUGUGACUCUGUUGGCCUGACACCCGCUCCCAACAACGGAACACUGCGGCUCCCACUGAAGCCUAUUGGUGUCCACGAGCCUGAAGAUACAUCUGAAGAACCAGAAGAUCCCCCAUCCGCUACCAAGGAGUCGGCUCGACCAACUGUGCCAGAGAAGCCAACUCAACCUGUGCGCCCUACUGUCCACCAGAAACCUACUCAGCCUCAACGGCCGACAGUGCCUGUCGCCCCUACGCAAUCUGCCAAAACCACAGUCUCACUUAAGAAACCAGCAAAGCCAUCCAAGUCACCAGCUCCAUCCAAGGGAAGCGACGACAAAGAUGAGGACAGCGAUAGUGAUAGUGAUAGUGACGAUGAUGAUGAUGACAUGGAUAAAGGUAUCUGGGACUGGUUCGCCCACAAGGUGGAGAAGGUCUGGCACAAGAUUACUAGUGAUGACUAG